GUCGGACCGCUGUUUUAUAAAGGCACAGCCAAGUGAAAUAAUUUUCGUUUCAUUCAUUUGCUUACUGCUUGAGAACAAACAUUCUUUUGUUUGAAGAAGAGGAGAGAAGAAAUAUUCUAUUUCUUUAGAAAUCAGUGUUAACUAAAAGCUUUUUACAAGAAAAUUAUGGAGACAAAGAAUACUUUGGAAACGAAAACGAAUUCUGAGUACUGGAGUUAGAUGAGGAAAUCUAAUUACGAAAAGAAAAAGUUCUAAAAACAGAUAUAAAUCUUUAGAGAGAUACAGCUGCAGAAGUCUCCAAACAGGGAAAGUUAUUUCAUGGCCACCUGUAUAAGAAGCAAAGAUAUGAUGGUGCAGAUGUCCAGAAAGUUCAACGGUGUACAAGACAGAAUUAAAGAAAACUUUUCAUCAAUAAAAUUGAUGAAAUGAGGGAUCAAAACGAAAACACCACAGAAAAUUUUUCAAAAUCAGAAAAAUCCAUUUAUGGCAGCAUCGAAGCUACUUUUACUCCCAAACCUGAAGAAGAAGUGAAAAAGAAGAAAAAAUAUACCAAAACACAAUGGCUAACCUUAAUCACGUUGGCUUUUGGCAACUUCUGUGCUGGUGCUUGUGUAUCUUUACAAGCUCCUUUUUUCCCGUCAGAGGCAGAAAAAAAGGGAGCCACAGCAACAGAAUAUGGAUUCAUAUUCGGAAUAUUUCAGCUAACAAUAUUUGUGACAGCCCCUUUAAUGGGAAAAAUAGUGCCAUACACAUCACCUAAAUUUUUACUAAAUACAGGGAUAUUAACAGUUGGAGUCACAUGCAUUCUUUUCGGUACUUUGGAUUUGGUGUUGGACACCACAUCUUUUGUUGCCUUAGCAUUUGUAAUUCGUACAGUUGAGGGAGUCGGGGCAGCUGCUCUGAGGACAUCUUGCUACACUAUUAUUGCAUCACAGUUCUUGGAAGGCAUUGGAACAACAUUUGCAGUAUUAGAAACCUUCCUUGGAGUAGGACUUAUUACUGGGCCGACACUAGGUGGAGCUCUUUACGACUUAGGAGGCUAUGGACUCCCAUUCUGGACAGUGGGUACUGUAGUUGUUAUCGACGCCAUAGUUAUAUUUUUCUUUCUUCCUGAUGUCGAAAAUCCCAACAUACCUGAAAAAGGAAGCAUAUUGAAGUUUUGGUUCCAUCCAAGAACAAUGCUUUAUUCACUAAGCGUCUUCACUUCCUUUAAUUACAUAGGAUUCAAUCAAACUACGUUGGAACCACACUUAAGAAGUUUUGACCUCUCCGGUGUUCUUCUUGGACUGAUGUUUGCUUUAAGUGGGUCAAUAUAUGCGUUCACGGCUCCUGGAUGGGGUUGGCUUUGUGAUAAAAAAUGCAACAGUCUAACAUUGAGCUUAUUGGGCUGUAUAAUUAACAUAUUUUCACUUCUUCUCAUUGGACCAGCACCAUUUUUCAACACAGGACCUAAAAUUUGGAUCGUUAUUAUUUCCCUUAUUCUGAUGGGUCUUGGGCUUGGAGCUAAAUUAGUAUGUGCCUUUACAGGAACUCUACAAGACACAAUGAAUCGAGGAUUACCACCGGAUUUGAGUACUUACGGACUCGUGUCUUCCAUGAUAGCUGCUUCUCAAUCCUUAGGGGCUUUCGUUGGACCUUCAGUCGGUGGAUAUUUGCUAGACAACAUGGGAUUUAGAAAAGCAUCAAUGACUCUUUUAGUUUUGGAAACCGUUUUGAUUAUUCUUCUGAUUGUCUCUAUUUGCAAUAGAGGAAGCUGGGUUAAAAAAGCAGAAUUAAAACAUUCAACUGAAAAGAUAUCUAUGAGAAACGGAUAUGUACCUAAAGAUGAAGAAUGUGGAAAGAAUAGCAUAAGUACUAUCAGCAAGUAAAAGAACACUAAAUUAUGGAAGAUAAAUUUGAAAGACUUUCUGAUGCACAUACUAGUAGAGUCGUAAACACUCUACAGGACUAACUGUGUGUUCAUUCUUCCGAUAUGUUCAAUGCACAAAGAAGUUGUUUUCGGAAUAAAAACUGAAUUAAGAAUAAUAAUAUCAAAAACUUCAA